AUGACUGACUUCCUGCCUCUUACGCUGCCUCCAGGGACCCAAUCGCUACCUCCACCAUCGCUACCGAAGCUUGUCGCAGAGCAGCAUGUUCCCAUUCCUGAGAACGACAAGGACACUCAGCGACUCAUCGUUGUGUUGUCAAAUGCUAGCCUUGAGACCUACAAAGCCUCUCACGGCCCUGCCCGCGGAGGUGCUGGUAAGGACGACAAGUACUCCCUGCUGAACAGCGACGAACACAUCGGUGUUAUGAGGAAGAUGGGUCGGGAUAUUAGCGACGCGCGACCGGACAUAACACAUCAGUGCCUUCUUACGCUUCUGGACUCUCCGAUCAACAAGGCCGGAAAACUUCAGAUAUACAUUCACACCGCAAAAGGCGUUCUUAUCGAAGUCUCUCCAACAGUCCGCAUACCACGAACCUUCAAGCGCUUUGCAGGGUUGAUGGUGCAGCUACUCCACCGCCUUUCGAUCAGAUCGACCACCUCGCAAGAAAAGCUGCUGAAAGUGAUCAAAAACCCAAUCACGGACCACCUCCCUCCGAACUGCCGAAAGGUCACGCUCAGCUUCGAUGCAGAAGUGGUACGAGUACGGGAUUAUAUCGAACACCUUGGCCCGAAGGAGAGUAUAUGCGUCUUCAUUGGCGCCAUGGCGAAAGGUAAAGAUGACUUUGCGGACGAAUACAAGGAUGACGCGAUCAGUAUCAGCAACUACAGCCUCAGCGCCAGCGUGGCAUGCAGCAAAUUCUGCCACGCCGCAGAGGACGUAUGGGACAUCAUCUAG